CGCACCGCGCCGGAACCCCGUCGUCCCCGCCGCGCCCCGCGCCGGGACGCGUAGCCAGGGACCCAGGGCCGCCCCACCCCCACGGGGAGUCGGGUCCCCCGGGAUCCCCUAGGCGGGGCGUGCCGGCCAGGGACGCCAAGUGGAACAGGUGCGACGCCCCCACGUCCCUGGACUCCCAUUAUCAGCAGGCGGCGCAGGGCACACCUGGAGCCCCGCAACCCUCCACCUGCUCCCUUCUUCUUGUCUGGGCAAAGGGGACUCCCGGGGCCUAUUAGCCUCCAGCUGGGCCACACCCUGUUGGUUCUGGGCGCCCACACACUGAAGUGCAGUCUGGGCCACACAGAGUCAAGGAUCCCUUAAAGCUUAUUGGUGCAGACUGUGAAUGUGGGGUGGGGGAUGUGUCUGUGGGGACCUGGGACUCAGGAAAUUCUGCAGGUUCCUAUGACCAGGAAAAGAAAGGAUGCUGAAGAAACAGAAAGUGGAUGCUGAGAGAUUUCUUAAUCUUGACAUCCAGAGGAGCUCUAGGGAUGGGAGGGGAUGUUGGUUAGCCAAGGCAGAUGGCUGGUGAGCUGGGCCUUCAGCUGAAGACUGCAGAACUAAAGGCCUGGAUCUGAGUAAGGAAGUUGUUGAAAGGAGUGUUUUUCCUCUCUGGAGAGAACCAGGGAUCAACCCACCUUUGCUUUUCUGAGUGGCAGGGACCAUGAACGCUGAAGCACUGGGCUAGUGGUCAUACUGCCUACUACCUUUCCAAAGCAAAACCCUUCAAGAAGGCCCAGGAUUCCAGGGAGACCACCCCUGCCCUUCAGGGAGUGUGUAGUGUUAGACACUGAAAUUACUUGUCCUUAGCUGAGGAUGGCUUCAGCUGCCAGCAGCCAGAAACCUCCAGAGAAUGCCUACUCAUCCAGGGAGGACUGCUGUCCUUUGGUCAGCCUGACCUUAUGUGUAGGUGAAGCAGGGGGCAGGAGAAGGCUAGGAUCUACAGCAGAUGUAACAUAUCUAGGCACUCUCCAGUCUCCUGAUCCAUUGGGAUCAACUCAAAUAACAUAUUGAAGGUUCCUGGCCUCAGUAAGGCAAAUUCUCCCUCCUUUGGCUCCAAGCAUCCCUUGGGUAGGGAAGAGAAAGAGGGCACCCUAUCCUCAGGAAAGAAAGAACCCAUUUGUGCCUUUUUAUAAAUGGUCAUUAAUCCUGCCAGGUGUGGGUUACAUCAUACCACUCUAUGGCUCCACCAUGGCCAUACAUGGUGCCACAUACCUGAAAGGGUACCCUUGGGCCAGUCAAACUACAGCCUUGAUCCCACAUCCCUGACUCUGCUGGCCCCUGCACUCCUUAAGAUGGAUAGAGUAGUGCCUACCAAGACCCUAAAACGCUGCUCCCAACCUGGUCCACCUAAUCACAGACGCCUCUGCUGGAGUUCUCCAUCCCUUGUAAGGUUCAUCCUUUCUUACUGUCUCCACCCUGAUGAAAACCUGUCCUUUUCCAGAGCUUUGGUGAAAUGCCCCAUCUCCAAGACCAAGCCCUGAGAUGGAGCGGGUGAUCGUGAGUAUGCAGGACCCUGACCAGGGCGUGAAGAUGCGGAGCCAGCGCCUUUUGAUCACCGCCAUUCCCCACGCGGUAGCGGGUGAGACUCGUGGACACCCUGGGGGAGCAGGGCGCCGCGGUCUCCGCCCACUUCGCCUCUCCCGUGCAGGCAGAGAUGUCGUGGAAUGGCUGGUUCAGAAGUUCUGCAUCUCCGAGGAGGAGGCCCUGCACCUGGGCACACUCCUGGCUCAGCAUGGCUACAUCUACCCACUGCAUGAGUCCCGAGACUUGACGCUCCGGCCUGAUGAGACGCCCUAUAGGUUCCAGACACCCUACUUCUGGACAAGCACUCUGUGGCCAGCUGCUGAGCUGGACUAUGCCAUCUACCUGGCUAAGAAGAACAUCCAAAAACAAGGGGCCCUGGUGGACUACGAGAAGGAACAUUAUACCCAGCUGCACAAGAAGAUCAACCAUGCCUGGGAUCUAGUAGUGAUGCAGGCUCGAGAGCAGCUGCGGGCAGCAAAGCAGCGCAGGAAGGGAGACAGGCUGGUCAUUUCGUGUCAGGAGCAGACAUAUUGGCUGGUGAACAGGCCCCCUCCUGGGGUACCAAACAUUCUGGAGCAGGGUCCUGAGAGGGGCUCUUACAACUCCAGCCGAGUACAGAUGAGCUCGGAUUUCUAUAAGUGUGAGAUCGAGCGCUUCAGGAAGGCAUUGGGCAGGAACCGGGUGAAGUCUUCUGUCUGCCUCGAGGCGUACCUGAAGUUCAGCAGCCAGCAUGGCCCGCACGAUCCCAUCUUGUCAGGAUGCCUGCCCAGCAACCCUUGGAUCACAGAUGAUGUCACCUACUGGGCCAUGAAUGCGCCCAAGGUGGCUGCCCCCACAAAGCUCCGUGUGGAGCGAUGGAGCUUCAGCUUCCGAGAGCUCCUGGAUGACCCCGUGGGGCGUGGCCACUUCAUGGACUUUCUCCAGAAGGAGUUCAGCGCGGAAAACCUCAGCUUCUGGGAGGCUUGUGAGGAGCUGCGCUUUGGCGGGCAGGCCCAGGUCCCUGCCCUGGUGGAUGCUGUCUACCAGCAGUUCCUGGCCCCUGGAGCUGCCCGCUGGGUCAACAUUGACAGCCGGACAAUGGAGUGGACCCUGGAGGGGAUGCGCCAGCCUCACCGCUAUGUCCUCGAUGCGGCCCAGCUGCAUAUCUACAUGCUCAUGAAGAAGGACUCCUACCCGAGGUUCCUGAAGUCUGACAUAUACAAGGGCCUGCUGGAGGAAGCUGUGAUUCCAUUGGAGACGAAGCGCCGGGCAUUCCCAUUCUUGCGGAAACCUCUGCACUCAAGCCCCAGCCCUGUUCUUCAAUCUACCCCUGAGGAGCCUGCAGUGACCAGCACCCCUGCAGGUGGCAACGGAAAGCAAUAAUUGGAUCUUGCCAGUCACCUCACUUUACUUGUGGGGUCAUGCUUUCCUGGACACUGGGCCCCCAGCACUGGUAUCGCCCUGUGUAGAGAGCCCAGCCUAACUAUAAGGCCCUUGGGCCUCCACUAAGGAAAUCCUCCCCUGCCUAGAAGGGACUGGUCCAGCCACUGAUUCCUAGUGAAGAGAUUUCAUUGGCUGAACCCUACCAAGACAGGACUUGUUCCUAGAAGGUAAUUCUCAAAGUUUCUGGUAUUCUGUCAUCUUAAGUUCAAAACUAGGUGGCCAUCUCUUCUCUAGAAUGUCAAGUUAGUGACCCAUGAAGAGAUACUGGUCUCCGGUUAUGCCAUCCUAUUCAGGAGGGCUCCAACACUGUGUGGGUUCCUUGUUCUGCUGGAGCUUCUUAGUAGACAGUAUCUGCAGGUACCACAUUCACCACUGUACAUGGCUUCUCUUCCACUCGUCUUACCAGAUCUGUAGAAAGGCAACUCCACGCUGCUGUCCUGGUUGUGAUGCUCCCAGAACCCCUAGGGAAGGUCUUUGCCAAGGAACAGUCUCCCUCUCCAGGCUGCCCCAAGCCGCUAGCAUUGCCAUCCCUGCCCCAGAGCUAGAAACAGAUACCUCCUUCUGCCAUGCAGCUCCCACCAGGGUUGUCCCCCAGUCUCUGCUCACAACUCAUUUCUACAGAAAUAAAAGAUUCAAGCCCUUGCA